CAUUUGGCUUAGCACACCGAACAGGGAGCUUCGGAGAUCUCUGUCGGUUCCCAAACGUCUCCUCAACAACUUCGACGGACUUCUAGUUUUUAAAUAAUGAGUAAGGGUGAUUUAUUAUUUUUUAAAGAGAGCAGGAGUUUAUAGUUAUACUGAGGUGUCUGCUGUUGAAGAGGACAAAACAGAAGCGUUGCACGAGAAAGUCUUCUAACAGAAAAGACCAAGGCGUUUCUUCAGUGGUUCAUCUGAAGUUAACGGUGACGUCAGAUUUUUUUUUUUUUUUUUUUUACCGUUUUGUUUCAUUCCGACAUAUCGACUUCCAUAUGAUCGGUGGUUGAAUUACUGCAACCCGGGGGUCAUUUUUCUAUGGGCUCUCGCACAAAGGUAAGCAGAAAUCUGGCGCUAAUUCAAGAAAAAUGUCUGCUGUUGAACAUUCCGGAAUGAGUGACGGUUUCCAAAACCCUUUGGUAAGAUUAUAAGUGGAAGAUUUGCAUUGACGCGAAAGUUUUAGACUACUCAGUUCAAGGCCAAAUAAAGAAGUUGUGAACGACGUAUUUCUCUUGUUGUGCUCUCAGCUCAAACACAUAACAUAAUGUUGCCAUCUUGUUGAUAAUUCUUUCAGAUUAAAUCCGGCUUGUUUGGUUCUCAAGCAAUGAUUGGGUCAUUUAGGAAACACAUUUAGAAUAAACUAUCUAUUGGAAGCUUAUCAAAACAAACUCAGCUGAAAUACUAUUUGAAUAAGUCUAAAAUGCAAGGAAGUCAAAAGGACUAUUUUAAUGGAAAAUCUUCAGUCUUUUUAUAGGCCAUGAGUCAUGGGGACUUUCUACAGGAAAUGCAGUUGUGUAGUUCUUUUACGCAAUUCCUUUGCUUUUGCAAAGAGUGAUUAAUGCAAGAGCACAAAGACAGAAUAACAUGAAUUAUUAAGCUUAAGUAAGAAUUGUGAAUUUGAGAAUUCAUAAGAACGAUUCGUAAGAAAAAUCUUAAAGCUUAAUUUGAUAUGUUACAAAAUCAAGACAACUAAGUAGAUUUCUGAAUAGUUUGGGGAAAAUAAGUAUUUAUUUUCAGCCAUUUACUUACAAAGAAUGGAGAGGUUUGUGAAAAAUUAUGGUAAGUACACCUCAGCUGUAAGAGACAGGACGUCACGUUGUGUAAUUUUCAACUAAUUAAUUUCAAUUGUAUUGCAUGAAAUCAGUAUUUGAUCACCUGCCCUGCUGUCCUCCACUCAUUACCUCUAUUAAUUGCACCUGUUUGAACUCCUUAUUUGUAUAAAAGACAACUGGCCCUGACACCAGGGACAAAACUGGAGAUCCGAGUUAGGUGCAAUUAAUAGAGGUAAUGAUGCUCCUUGCAAGUUCUUGCCUCUUGGAGUAUCAAGGAUUGUUGAAAAAGGUGAGGAAUCAACCCAGAACUGUAAAUGUAAUAAGUUUCUGUACAAAACAUUGUUCUAUGUUUCUAUUGUGUCAAAUACAUAUUCUAUUUAAAAAAAGCUAAUCAUUUAGAAAUCAUACAAUGUGAUUUUUUUAAGACUCUUGACUCACAGUUAAGUUGUACCUACAAUAAAAAAUUUGAGCUCUUUUUUAAUAAGAACAUUUUAAAAAUCCAGAGUAUAUCAAUAUCAAUGUUCUGUAGAUAACCCAUACCUCAGACAGUACUUGCAGGUUAUUGGGUUUAGUGUUGUAAAAUACAAGUACUUAAAAAUGUUUUUGAAUAUUAUUCAAAUAAAAUAUUUUUGGCAAUAUUUCAGAUAGAGAAAAUCAGAUUAACAAGAGUUAAAGCCUUUAUUUUUCUGUAAUUCUGAUGAUUAUGGCUCUCUGGAUGAAAACCACAAAAUUCAGUGUCAGAAAAUUAGAAUGUCAAAAAUGUAUUGCAUAGAAAGUUCUAUGGAAGGAAGACAUGUGGUAGGAAAAAUAUGCAACAGCAACAAAUAUAGCAGGGGUGAGCUUAGCCUAUUUGGUGCUCUGGCACCUUUUAAUGCAGAAUCUCCUCAAGGUCCCAGCAUCUGGGUGAAGAGUGCAGAAGCACAGCAUCCAUGUUGGUUUAAGUCUAGAGUGAAGUUGUUCCAGAGUUAAUGCAGUCCUCUACCAGGACAUCUUACAGCACUUCAUGCAUUCUUCUGCUGCAAAGAAUGAGAUCAGGAACUACACUAGGCAAGGGAUGAAUAAAAUGAUGAAUUGAAAGUUGAUAAUAAAGUCAGACUCAGAUGAUUUUUAUGUUGAUAAGGUUAUGUUGAAGAAUCAAAUUAGAAGGUAAUUGUGUUUUAUGAUGAUCAUACAGCAUAAAUAGAAUUGUAACUGGAGUAAUGUGAAACCUUGCAUUGAGAGGUGAGAUCUUCCCAGGUUAAUACAGAAAACAUCGUAAAGGCCUGAGAGACUGAAGUAAUCUUGCAUUUUGAUUAUUGAUGAUUAUGAGACAAAUUGUUUUGUGUUCUGAUUUACUGACGUGAUUUACUGAUAAUAAAAUAUGUGAUUUUGUGUUUUGAUUCUAAAGAGUUUAAUGUAAUAAAAAGAUCAGAAAAUGAAUAAUAUGAUGAAUAAAGUGGUAAAUUAAAGGUUGAUAACAAAAUUAAACUCAAAUGAUUAUUAAAAGAAAUUAUGGAGAAGAGUUUAGAUUUAAAGGUAAUUGUGUCUAAUGAUUUAUGAUAAUCAUAACAUACAACAUUAUAACUAAAGUAAUCAUACAGUGUGUGAAGCACAGGGACAUGUCUGGGCAUGUAAAGACAUGUAAUUCUUGGACUGUGUAGUGACUAGAGCAAAGGUUGGGGCAAGGCUCCAAAAAAGGAAGUGAAUCCCGAUGGCCAGUAGAAAAAAAAGUGAGAGGGGCUUUGACCAAAUGUGGGGAGGUUUAGAACUUUCCAUGAAGUAAUCGGAUGCUUGCUCUCCAUACACAACCAUGUGGUGAGAGAGUAUAUACACCCAUGAAAAAGAGAAAGAAGGGUUAUUAGUCUCUGGUGCAGAAGUCAAGCUAACAAGAAGAUGCAGAUGGGAGAUCAGAAAAGGACCGCACCCUCGAACCAAAGGAAUAAAGACUUUGCACUAGUACAAGGGGAUAAGACCCUUUGACCCUCAGUCUUGGUUCCUGAUUCAAGUGCUGUCCUGCGCUCAAUUCAAGGAUCUGACUGCAACAGACUUGGGGAAUAGACAAGGAUCACUAAGUGAUGAAGAUCUGAGUGUUCGGAAGACAACAACCAGUUCUGCUUUGCUUCUAUUCGAAAAGAGGAUUUCUGUUGCAGAGAUCAUUCGUCAUCUGGGUAUGAGUUGAACUGCACCCCAAAUCCUGGCUCUGUAAAUUAGUGACACAGUUUAGGGAAAGAGGUUAGGAAAGAAUGAAGGUGAUUUUACUUAAUUUGAUUUUUAUUCUCAAAUUGUAAUAAUUGAUGAUUAACCUGUGUGUUAUAUAAAGACUUAAUAAAGAUGCAUUAAAAUUCUAAUUAGAUUUGUGGACAGUAAAAUUAAUUGAGUCAUCUAUUAUUUUCGGUUCUUCAAAUCAGUGUAAAACCCAUGAUCAUUAUUCCUGAAUUGUUGUGGCUUUGGAUGGGCUUUUAGUGCUGGUAAAAUAAUGACCUCGGGGCUUAUGUUGAGCUUCUAAAAUUUAUCUAGCCAGUAACAAGCGCUACCGUUAACAAGUGUGGUUAUUGAAGUUAUGCAGUUGUGAGGGCUACUCAACUAAUUGCUUCUUAAAUAAAAAGGCACAUAACUUUUGGAAAUAGGCAGUUAAAUGCUAGAUGAGUCUCUCUUGACGCCAGUUUAAACAGAUUAUCUCUCCUAGACCUGUCAAUCAUGUGUGCAUGAAUGCAUUGAUAAUACCCGUUUUAUGAAUCCUUCUUAACAUUAAAUAGUAUUGAACAUAUUUUCACAUUUUUGUAAUUUGGCAGAAUACAGAUUUGAUUUGAUUGAUAAAAUAAUAUUUAAGCACACAAUUGUUUAUUAAAGUUAUUUUUAUGUGGUCCUUAGAGUCAGAGGGGCACAAAAGCUGUGGUGGACUUUAUUUGGCCCCCAGGCCUCGAGUUUGACAUCUGUGCGAGUCUGACACCAGGCCCUUAAAAGAAAUCAAUUGCAAAUUAGCAUAUGGUGGAUUUCUGCAUAAUUAAUGGAGGUUUAAUCAACUGUUUCGAGCUUGAAAAUGUGUAUACUUUUCAGUAGUCAGGCAUUUCUGUUUACAAUAUUACUGUGAUCUUGUAUAACAUUAUUUCUGAAACAUUAAAUUGUGGGUUCUUUUAAAGCCAUAAUCAUCAUACUUACAAGACAUAAGGGUUUGAAAUGGUUCACCUCGUGCGUGACGAAUCUACAUUACGUCUUUAAACUUUUUCAUGAUAUUGUAAUUUGUAUAUAGUGUAGUUCACACUCCAUCCGCUGGGAGGCAGUGAUGAGUUACCCGGCACCUCAGAGUAAAUAAAAAGGCAGGAAACCCGCGGGCUGAUGAUCAGUCCGAGGCAGAGAUGAGGGAAGAAGCUGGCACGGCUCACAAAGUUGUUAUGGAUAAGUUGAAGCUGGAUUUCAUCUCUUAAACCCUUUAAAAUCCUAGGACACGUAGACAAGCUAUAGCCUUCUAAAUUUACAGACAACACCCAGCCCCGCAGGAACGGAGGACGGAGAGAAUGAGCAAGAUCCUCAGACUGGAAGGCCUGGACGUGAAGGCAGGCACUGAAGAUAUACGGACCUUCUUUCAGUCCCUGCACAUACCUGAUGGAGGGGUGUACAUUAUGGGAGGACAUCUCGGCGAGGCUUUUAUUUCGUUUACCACCGAAAGUGAGGCACAGGCUGCUCUGCUGCGUAGUGGGAAUUUUCUCAAAGGCUCCAUGGUGACCCUGCACAUCAGCAGUAUGGAAGAAAUAGAGCAGAAAUUCGAGGAGUCCUUAAAUGGCAAGAAAACUUCGCUCACUGUAAGAAAACCACAUCCACGUUCAGCUGAAAAUGAAAUGUCAAGGCAACAUAAGGAUAAAAAUGGUAAUGUGGAGUCCAAAUCCAGCUCACAUGAGGUUUAUAUGGCUAAGGUGAAGCCCAAAUCCAGACCUCAUGGCGUUAAUAUAUUGAGGCCCAAAUCCAGAUUACAUGAGGACAACAUCACUACAAUGAAGCCAAAAUCCAGACCACAUGAUGUCAACAUGACUACGAAGCCCAAAUCUAGGCUGCGUGAUGUUAAUAUGAUCAAGGUGACGCCCAAAUCCAGGCCGCAUGGUGAUAGUACUUCAAUUUCAUCUUCAGCUGCAUUUCCAGUAGAUCCUGAUCCUGCUGAUCUGCCAGCUUCUAAUGCACAACAUUUUCAGCUGAGUACAACAAACACGCCAGCUUCAAAUGCACAACUAUUGGAUACUGAUGCUUUUUUUCUUGGAGUUUGUAGUGUCCUUCAAAGACUCCAAUCUGCUCAAACCAAUGUGCCAAAAUUUGAGUUUCCCCAUGUUGACAGCGCAACUUCCUCUGAAGCGGUCAGAAAUCCAGAACAUACACUGGACUUGAAGCCAGGCUAUGUUCGGCUAUUUGGGCUGCCAGCUUCAGUUACUAAAGAAGACAUUUGCAAGUUCUUCAAAGGAUUGCGUAUAGAAGAUGUUAUAGUUGACGUCGAAUUGGGAAUCAGUCGUGGCUGCCUCGUGAAGUUUGCAGAUAUACAAGAUGCAACUAAUGCGCUUGGCUUCAACCAACAGUUGCUGGGCUCCAUUCCUGUGGAAGUACGUGGAGCAGAUGAAAAACUGUGGGUCAGGGCUCUUCAGGAAUGUAGUAAGGCUUUUGAUGACAGGUCAAAGUGUAAACAUGAAAGAUCUCCAACAGAAAAGGCACACUCUGAAAGAAGAUCUGUUACUUCCUUUAAGAGGACAUCUGAUCAAGUUCCGUCUAAACCAUUAAAAAAAACAAAGCCUGAUGUGGAACCCAAUGCUUCAUUAUCAAGGCCCUCAGAGUACACAGUCAUGGUCAGAAACCUGCCAAAAAACAUGACCAAGACUGACAUAAAAGAGCUGUUCAGAUGCCCAAACCUGCCGCACAAAAAUGUGCUUCAUCUGCUCGACGAUUCAAGCAAUAUCACUGACACAGCUUUUCUGAGUUUCAACUGUACCGAGGACUUUGACUACGCCAUUAAUCUCUCUGGCUGCCAUGGUGGCUCUGGUGCCAUUGAGGUUACAUCAAUCACCAAGGAGCUCAUGUGGAAAAUGAUAAACAAAAACCACCCCAGAAACCAAAGGACUGGUCCGACUGAUCCAAGAUUACAACGCAGCUUCAAGAAGUCAGAGCCAGUGCGACCUAACGCGCCGCAGAGAGAAAGUCUAAACGAGACGGGUCAGCGGUACAUUUUUAUUAGGAACAUGCCUGCAACUGUCAAGAAAAGUCAAAUCAGGGGCCUGUUCUGUAAAUUCAGUCUGAGUUUGGAUGACAUAAUGUUACUACAUGAUAGUGAGGGCUAUGGCUCGGGUGAGGCUGUGGUUAAGUUUGAGUCUGAACAGCAGGUCACACAGGCUCAGAAGUUGCACGGUGAAGAGUUCCUGGGGUCAAACGUGCUUCUCACCCCCAUAAAUGAGAAGCAAAUGAAGAACAUUUUGAUGAACACCUGAGGAAUGUUUUGCCUCAUCAUCAACUUCAGCUGCACUUGACUGCGAAGGUUUCUAGUUUGCAUUAAGGAUUUUUUUAUUUCAAGAUCUGCCAUUGUUAUCGUUCUCUUCAUAUAUACUACACAAUAAAUAUUCGAAUAAUUAAUGGACGACGUUCCCAAGUGUUGGCUACUACUGCAAUGAAAGGAAGAUGCCUUGGAUUUGUGUACAAACAUGUUGGCGAUCUCUGUUUACCUUUAUUCUGCAUAGCUCAAUAAAUGUUUUUAUAUGGCUUUUGAGAAAAGA